CGACCGAGCGCAAGCGCAAGUGGGACGAGCCCGGCUCUCCCUCAACCGCGUCCCAGGACCCGGCCAAGCACGUCAAGACCGAGGACGACAACGGGCAUCUGGGUGACCCGAACCGCGAUGGCGACAAGGCCGCUGCAGCUGCUGCCUCGAUCGCAGCUCGCCUCGCGACGCAGUACGGCGCCGCGCCCCCGCCGGGUCAGGCUCCGCCUCCUCCUCCUGCCGGCGGUGGAGCGGCGGCGGGCAGCGCGGCAGACUCGAUGGGAGCUGGGGACAAGCGCGAGCGCGAGAGGGAGCGCGCACAAGGCCUGUUCGUCGAGGACAUCGAGAUCAACGACCUGCGCAACAGGUACCUUCUCACCAAAGGCCCGACGCAGCAGCAGAUCCUCGCCGACACGGGCGCCGCCGUCCUGACCAAGGGCGUGUGGUACCCGGACAAGGCCAUGGCGACCGACAAGGACCCGCCCUUGUACCUGCACAUCACGGCAGAGUCGGCCGACAAGCUCGAGGCCGGCGUGCGCGCCGUCCAGGCCCUCAUCGACCAGGAGCUCAACCUGCUCGACACGCGCAGGGGCCCGCAGCGCGGCGAGGACCUGCCCCGUGACUCUGGGUACGGCCAACGUCGCAAGUGGCCCGAGGAGAAGGUCCUCAUCGAGCUCGAGCCGUUGCGCAACUUCAACCUGCGCGCCAAGACGGUCGGGCCCGGCGGCAUGUUCGUCAAGUGGAUCCAGCAGGAGACGGGCACGCGCGUGCAGAUCAAGGGUCAAGGGUCGGGCUUCAUCGAGACGGACACGGGGAGGGAGAGCGAUGACCCGCUGCACGUCAAUAUCGCCGGCCCCGAGCAGGCGCAGAUCGACCGCGCCGCCGAGCUCGCCCGCGACCUCCUCAAGGUCGUGCGCGAGAAGCACACCGAGGCGCGCGAGGCGCUCGCCCCGUACGGCGGCGGCGGUGGCGGCGGCGGGCAGUUCACGCCGAGCGGGUCCAACAUGCAGCAGUACGGCGCGCCGAUGCGGUUCGGCGCCGGCGGUGGGCCGGACCAGAUGGGCCAGAUGGGGCAGCAGCAGCAGCAGCAGAACCCGUACAGCUAUCAGCCUAACCAGUACGCCGGCGCAGGCCUCACGGCGCCGCUCCCGCCGACCGAGGCGCCACCUGCCGCGCCGACGGCGACGGGCGACGAGCCGGCGGGCGCACAGGCCGCGAGCGGCUUGAGCCCCGAGGCGUACACGGCGUGGUGGCAGUCGCUGGACCAGGCGAGCAAGGACUACUACACCCAGUACUACGCCGCCUACGCCCAGUACGCCGCCAACCCGGCCGCUGCCGCGACCGCCGCCGCCACCACCACGACGCCCGCACCCCCGAUUGAGCCCGCCCCUCCUGCCCCUCCCUCCGACG